AUGCUGUCAAAGGUCGUCUCCUCUGGAACUCGACCUCAAUAUAUCACAACAACCAUCCCAUCCAGUGAAAGCAGCAUGGAAGCCCCUACGCCACAACCACCAAACCCUCCAUCGAGCACAGACGCCGAGGAGCCACUGCAAUCACCACGCAUUCACGGAACGAAUGUUGCCCCGAGAUACUGGGCUGGGAAGUCUCAUAAAGCCAACUGGAAGCUUAGCAAGAGGGCGAUCCUUCGGCCAGGGACAUGGCUGAAUAGUAUGUCCGAGAUGGAGCUCCUCCGCGAGCCCACUGUGAGGAAACGAACCAGAAUGCGGGCAGAAUGGCCGAUGAGCGGCACAUCAUUCUCAGACUUCAUCGGCCAAAAGAAGGCGAAUGUGGAAGCCCUGCUGGCGCAGGCAACUGGGACUCUCUUCGAGGGAAAUGCGCGCUGCUAUCAUUGUAAAGUAGGAGGCGCGUUCUUCGACGGCUGUAUGCGCGUUCCGGGAAACUUGCAUUGUGCAAGCUGCCACGUCGGAGAAUGA